AUGUCAAACUCCAAAUCUUCAACUAAGCUUAAAUCCAUUGAAACCAACAACCCUCAUCAUAUCGAAAUGGGAUUCACCAUACUUCAAAGGAACACUUCCAUUCCUCAAUCCACCGAAAGAAGAGGUCGUAAAAAGGAGGCCGAGCCAGGGCGGUUCCUUGGCGUCAGAAGAAGGCCGUGGGGACGAUACGCCGCGGAAAUAAGAGACCCCACAACCAAAGAAAGACAUUGGCUUGGAACAUUUGACACUGCCCAAGAAGCUGCUCUUGCUUAUGAUAGAGCUGCCCUUUCCAUGAAAGGCACCCAAGCAAGAACCAACUUUAUCUAUGCUACUGAUCAUGAUAAUUUUAAUAAUAAUACUAAUUUCCACUCUUUAAUCUCCCCUCUUGAUGUACAAACCUUUUUCCAGCCUACACAACUCUUCAAUAAUGCACCUCCUCCUCCAGCAACUAACAACCCUAAGCAGCAAUCCAUUAUUAAUCCUAAUUAUAAUGCCCUCUCUCAAACCCCUAACCAAUCAGGCCUUGACACUUGUCAUGACCAGUCUGCCACUGACUUUACGAUUAAUGAAGUAGUUGACAACUCUGGUUAUAUUGGCUGCAUUGUGCCUGAUGAUUACUUAAAUCCUAGAAGAAAUGACCAUAUUAAUUAUGCAAGUAGUGAUCAAGAUAAUAUUAAUAUAGAAACAAGCCAAGUGUUUUCAUUUAAUGAAGAUGAGCAUCAGGAGCUAUACGGUGACUACAUGUUGGGUGGUAGUAGUGAAAGUUCAUCAUGGGAGACGAUGAACGGAUACGAUUUGUCAGCAAUCGUUAAUUACCCGACGCCAUCUUUGAUGGACGACGUCGGUUUAUAUGAUCCGAAUUCGAGCUAUGAGUUUAUGGCUGGCGGGGCUAGUAGCAACGUGACUAAUUGUCCAACUAGUACUACUAGCUGCGGCUCCUAUAAUGACAUAGUUGGUAUUGGAUAUUCCCUUUAA